AUGGUGAGCUUACAAGGGAUACUCAAGAAUGUAUGGCAGGCAUCUCCUCGCGUCCUCGUACAGAUCGCUACGACAGGCGCACGCAUACUUGGCAAGGCGUUCUACGAGGCAGGUCGGCAAGCCGUCAAGAAUGCAAAGCAUCGACCGGAGGGCGGCCUGGCGGGCGACGCGGCCGGCGUGUCGAACGCCACCUCGGGGUCCAUAACGGACAAGCUCACCCGGGAGCACCGUAUGACGUUAGAUGAAGCACAGCUCAUCCUCAACUUGAAGCGAACCGAUCCGCUCGAGGUUGCGAGUAAACACUACGAGCACCUCUUCAAAGCCAACUCCCCACCGCCUCCGCCAGAAAAAGGCUCAGCAGCAACCUCGUCGCGCCUCAAGUCCAAAUCGCAGCCCGUGUACUCGCAUUACCUUCAGUCGAAGGUUGUACGCGCUCUCGAGCGAAUACAGGCCGAGGCCAAGCUCGCGCAGCAGAUCGAGGCGGAAGCGGCAGGCGCAGCGAAGGUAGAGGGUGGCGUGGCGAACGGUGCUGGGUCGACGACGUCUUCUAGCCAGGGUCCACCGCCGCCAUCGUCAUGA